AUGUACUUACCCUCUCCCACAUACUCCUUCACCAUUCCUUCACUUCACGAUGAGACUCAACUUGACUGUCGCCUUUAUCUCCCCCGUAAUUCUUCGUUGCAGUCAGAAACUAUCCGAGGGGCUAUCGUCGCACACCCAUAUGCUCCUCUCGGUGGGUGCUACGACGACCCAGUCGUAAGCUUUGUCGGAGGCGAGCUUUUGGAGAGUGGAUAUAUUGUGGGCACAUUCAACUUUCGUGGUGCUGGUACCUCGGGGGGACGGACUAGUUGGACCGCGAAGCCCGAAUUAGCAGAUUAUGUUUCCUUCUACGGAUUCAUGCUGUGCUACUUGCAUUCAUUGAGGUCGCAAGAAGUCUCACGGCGAGGGGAUGGAAAUAUCCCAUGUGGGGCUAACGUUGAAGGCUCCAAUCCUCAGCUUACACUUGACCGGGCAGAUAUCCAUCUCAUCCUCGGUGGUUAUUCCUACGGUUCAUUGAUCGCAUCACAUCUUCCUGCCCUCAAUGUCGUUGCGGAUCUCUUCAGAAACACGAACUGUCGCAUAUGCCCGGUGGUCAAUUUCAAUCGGCCGAGAUUGACGGAGCUGGACAUUUCUGGAGAGAGAAUGGGGUAG